AUGUCUACUCAAGAGAAGAGACCAAAUAGGAACGUCAGAAAGCCUAGGAAUAAACCUAAGGGGCCCUCUGACAAAGAUCAACCAGAUAUGAAGAAGAAGAAUACCAAGAAGAAAGAAGUUAAAGAAAAAGAUUACACCAAGGAUUAUAAAUAUCAACAAAUCAAGAAACUUGUGAAGAAACUUCCUCCUAUUACUAUAAAUGGACUUUCCAUCACUAACUUAUGUAAACAGUUAGAGGAAGGAAAUAAACUCAAAGCCAUAGAUCAAUAUGUUUUAACAUUCAUAAAGAAUCAACCAGAAAAUUCUAUUUAUUUAUCAUUCAUCAUAACUCCAUCAGAUCCUGAAUUUCCUUUUGAUCUAGACAUGUUGAAAUUGAAUUUGUGUAUUCCUGGUGGAUAUCCAUAUAAAAAGGAUGCCAAACCUUCUAUUUAUGUUUUGAAUGAAGAAAUCCCUAGAGGUUAUGCUGUCAAUAUCGAAAUAGGGUAUAGAAAGAUUGUUGAAAUAGCUCUUAACAAUGAACAAGAUGAAGAUAUUGAAUUAGUAGACGGUAAGGGAUUGUUAUCUCAAUUAAAGACUUUAGAUAAAUAUCUUGAAAUGUUCUUGAUGCAAGAAAAGAGGAAAACCAUCAAAUUUGUUAAAGGAAAGAAACCAAUAAGUCAAGCACCUUCACCCUCACCUUCACCCUCACCUUCACCAGUACCCGAGACUAGACUUUCUCCUCCCAAAACAUCUCCUCAACCUUCAUCCACACCUACACAAUCAAGAACAAUUGAAAACCCUCAAAGGAAACAAUUCAUCAAUCAACUCAGUUCUAAAUUGAAAAAUGAUGUUAAAUUAUUCAAUAAGAGUAGAAACUACGAGAGAUUCAAGAUCCAAUUACCCAUUAAUACCAAAUAUGAUUUACCAGAAAUAUGGUUAAAUUAUGGUAGUAUUGAGAUCUUACUCACAAUCCCCAGAGAAUAUCCUCAAUUACCAAUGAAUAUUGAAAUCUUCAAUAAGUUUCUGGAAAAAAUGAACAGACUUGGUGACUUCCGAUCAUAUGAGACUAAUUUAGUAGAAAACUUCAACCAAUUUGCAUUCAAAGACACCAACAUCGUGUCUACAUUAAAUUAUUUAUCUAAUAAUUUAUCAAUAUUCUGUCUUGAUAGAGAAGAUUUCAUCAAUUAUAACAAAUUAUGUAGUUCAAUAUAA